CAAGCCUUCUCCCACAGUCCUUGUCGGCUCCCAUCAUCCAGACCAUUUCUAUACUCUACACUAUUUGAAUAUAAUGAAUAUCCUACGUUUGGUUGGGUUUUUGGCUUUGGGAUACGUGGCAUCCUUGGCGACCGCGGUCGAUCCGACCGACGAAGUGGAGGCGACCCCCGAAGACGAGUUUUUAACAUCGACGACUUCCGCACCGUUUACGCCCCUCCUUCUCACACACCGUAUCCCCGUUCUACUCGUACAGCGCCAACUCCAACGCAUCUUUGAUAUUCUUACACCGGAGGACGUUUGUCGAAACGGCGAAUUCAAUUUUGGCCCGUGUGACGUGUCGCGGUUUCCCGUCUGCAACAGUGAACAGCUCAUUUGUUACAACCGACGACCCCGUCGGGACUUGUUUUGGCCCGACAACCGUCAGCCGCAUUUUUACAUUGAUUACACCAACGUGUACUGCUAUCCGGCCAACUGGGGAGGUUGCUCUUCGUGCUCACCUGGACGAUACUGCCGUAGUGAAGAACGUUGUAUUCUCGACGACUCCAAUUAUCCCUGUGCGAACUGGAUUUAA